UAAAUCACCGCCGAUUUCAACCUAUAAAUAACCGCCAUCCUUUCCCCACUUUAAAAUCAAACAUUCCCAACUUCCAAAAUUUCAAUCCAGCAGAUUUCCACGUUUAGUUUCUCAACUAAAUUCGACUCUGUAUAAGCUCGAUCCUUUAAUUUGGUAGAAAAUAUUAAUGGCGGAUCAGUACAAGCACGAUGAGCCGUCCGCCCCUAAGGCUGGCGAUCGCGGGUUGUUCGAUUUCGUGGGGAAGAAAGAGGAGGGCGAGGCGGUCGCCGGAGAAUUUGAUCAGAAAGUUAAGGUUUCGGAGGAAGAUUCGAAGAAGCAUCAAACCCUUGGAGAGAAGCUUCAGCGAUCAAACAGCUCCUCCAGUAGCUCUUCGGGUGAGGAAGAAAUAGGGGAAGAUGGAGAAAAGAAGAAGAAAAAGAAGGAUAAAAAUAAGUGUGAUGACAACAAAGCAGCUCAAGAGGGUGAAGAGAAGAAAGGGUUGCUAGAUAAGCUCAAGGAGAAGCUUCCCGGCGGGAAGAAAGUGGAGGAGGUGGCUACACCACCGCCGACUCCGGCGGCCACGGCCGAGUGUGCCACCACUCCAGCGGCGGAGGAAAAGGAGAAUAAAGGGUUCUUGGAUAAGAUCAAGGACAAAAUCCCAGGCUACUCCAAGACUGAUGAUGAAAAGGAGAAGGAGAAGGAGAAGGAAAAGGAAGCUGUUUGCAACUAAAUAAUUAAAAUAAUAAAUAUUAAUAGUGUUUUGUAUAUGUUGUUCAUGUUUAAUUUGCGAUUGUGAUUAUUAUUUUGUGAUGUUGUUUGGUUUGUUAAUGGUGUCAGGUAUAUUAUGAAAACUGGUAUUGUUUGGUUUGUUAA